AGCUGUCGUCGAUCCCAGUUAUUUUUAGUGCCCUAUAUAUUUUAUUUAUUUAGUUGAAAUGUAUUUAAUUUUAAGUGAAAUCAAUGAAAUAAUCAUUAUUAGGACUUAAUUAAUCCAGUCUUUUUAAAGUUGUAAUAUAAACCUAUAAAAAUGCAACGUGAAGAAAAACAAUUAGAAGCAACUUUACAUGCCAUAUUAAAUCGUGUUAAUGAUCUUAAAACAGCUAUACAAGCGCUAAUAUCAAAAUUAGAAAAUGAAUAUGAAACUAUUAAUUGGCCGACUUUUCUUGAUAACUAUGCCAUUUUAUCAGGACAUCUGACUGGUCUAAGCAAAAUUCUUCAGUCUGAAGUGGCUCCGUCGUUACGAUCUGUGGUGGUUCUCCCAUUACAAUUGGGGUGUGAACGAGAUGAAGCUUUAGCUCGAUUGACUGAAGGCCGUGUCCCUGCAUGCACACAUGACUUAGUACCCGAUUUACUACGGACAAAACCAGAACCUCAAGCUGAACAACGUCUUCAACAAUUUAACCACAAAGCCAGCACACUCAGUCAUGAUACUGCACAGAAACAAGUGGCACAGUUUACCAAAGUUAUAAGCCAUGUGUGGGAAAUAAUAUCUAAGGGUCGUGAAGAUUGGGAGGGAGAAUCUAUGAGAUCAGCAGGUAUGCAGCCUACUCAUAGUAUAGCCGAUACACAUGCAUUAGUCACUGCCGUAGGAACAGGAAAAGGUCUUCGUCCCGGCAUGCCUUCUAUGGGACCUUCUGGAGUGGGAGCACCUGGCUUAGGACCCUCACGUGGACCAGCGCCUCAACUCGGCCCUGCCACAGCCGCUAUGCCCAAAGCACCCUCUGCUAUUAAAACAAAUAUAAAGGCAGCUAAUCAGAUUCAUCCAUACCAGCGAUAAUUAGUUUGGUAUUUUUACCAUACUACAGAGAGAGCACAUAUAUGCAUACAAACUGUUUCAAUGUGACCUGUAGUAGAUUAAGGGCUGUCCCACUAAAUUGUAAAAUGUCCGAUAACAAUCGAAUGUGUAAAAUAUGUGAUAGAAAUAUUUUCAUCCCUUUCUGACAAUGUGAUAUUUAAGCUAUCUGAGCCUCUAUUAGCAAGGGGUGGGACAGGCCUUUAAUGGAUUAAUUGAUUUUUUAAGUAAUGUGUUCAAUUGGAGUUUUGGCUAUUUUUUUAAAUAACUCAU